UGGAAACGACUUGUGCGAUUUAUCGCCGCAGAAGAUGAGCUUGAGCAUAUCGGCGAACCUGUCGAUCCUGAGCUUGAUGUCGGUGCUGCUUUGGCGAGCAAUCAAACAAUACAAGUCAAGACAUAUUCAGGGUCAUCCACUUUACAGGACGACAUACAUCCAACCGGGCAUACUCUCACCACCAAGACCAUUCUCCCGCCUGUAUCCCGCCAGGAAGUUGGGACAAUUCGCUGCAUUGGACUCAAUUAUCGUCAUCAUGCCGCCGAGAUGAAGUUGGAAGUUCCAACAUAUCCGUCAGUCUUCUUCAAGCCAGCGAAUUGCCUUAAUGGUCCCAAUGCGGACCUCGUUAUUCCUCGACAAGCUACAGAUGAGCAGGCAGACUACGAAGCUGAAUUAGCAGUGGUCAUUGGCCAAGCAUGCCGCAAUGUGACAGCUGAGAAUGCCAUGGAGUACGUGCUAGGGUACACAUGCUCCAACGAUGUGACAGCUCGCAAAUGGCAGUUUGCAGGAGGCAACACGCAAUGGGGGUAUGGCAAAGGUUUUGACGGCUUCGCACCAAUCGGUCCUUGUCUUGUUUCUGCCAGAGAGAUUCCGGAUCCUAGUGUGAUCGAGCUCAAGACCGUGCUCAACGGAAAGGUCAUGCAGGAGAGUAGAGCGGAUGACAUGAUCUUUUCCAUCGCGGAGAUCGUUCCGCAUUUGAGCCAGGGAACCACGCUCGAGGCAGGUACUGUGAUCAUGACUGGGACACCACAUGGGAUAGGAGUCAGCAGUCAGCCUCCGGUGUUUCUGCGUCAUGGAGACGAUGUGCGGAUUGUGAUGAGCCAUGGUUUAGGGAGCUUGAUCAAUCAUGUGGUUUACGAGGAGUAG